AUGAAUAAUACUACAAAUGAAACUAUAAAUGAAGCUACGAAUGAUGCUAUGAAUAAAGCUAUGAAUGAAGCUACGAACAAAGCUAUGAAUGAGGCUACGAACAAAGCUAUGAAUGAUACAAUGAAUAAAGCUACAAAUGAUGCCACAAACAAUACCACAGAUAAUACUAUGAACAUUAUUAUGGGCAUAAAAAAUACCAUAAACAUGAACAUGAACAAUACUAUAAGCAUGAAUGAUACUAUGAACAUGAACAAUGCUAUAAGUAUGAACGAUGCUAUGAAUAUGAACAAUGCUAUAAGUAUGAACAAUGCCAUAAAUAUGAACAUUAAUGAUACUAUAAGCAUGAAUAAUAGAAUGAAUACUGAUAACUAUUUUUUAAUAUCUGAAAAGGAACAGAAUAAUCUUAAUAUUAACAAUGCUCAAAUUCAGACCUCUAUUUUUAGAUUUUUUUAUAACGAUGAUUCUGAUAUAAUCGUAUCAACUUACCAGUAUAAUCUUCAUAUAGAAGAUCCUUUUGAUGACUGGUUAUCUGUUGAUAUAUUUAUAUACCAAUAUUGUCUUGAACAUGGAUUUGGAUAUCAAAUUUUCCAUAAUGAUAAAGAUCCAGACAAUCACUCCAUUACUUACCGCAAGUCUUUUCAUUGCUCAUCAAGUGAAAAUUAUAAAGCUCAAAAAAUAUUGAUUAGAAUUCGCAUUGUUUGCGAGUUAGAAAUUCUUAAGGAAAAAUACCCACAUCAUGAACAAGCUAUUUAUAAUAUGAUUUACAAGAAUUGUAAUAAUAGAAAUGAAAUAAAUUCCGAUUCAGGCUCAUUUCUUAAUGCUCUUUAUGAAAAAGUUCAAGAUGCAAACUGGAAAGUAUUUGUUUGGCAUACUGAAGAUAUAUUGGAUGAACUACAAGCAACUUUACAAUCUCUUUUAAGCAAUUUGGAAUCUAAAAAUAUAAUUGAAACUUGGAGAGUUCGUCGUAUAGGUGGACUUUCACAUAAAGAGAAUUUGGUAAUACUAUUUGCUAAUGGAUCCCAUAUUUGUACUUAUUUUAAUGUUAAAAACUCUUCUGUACUUACUACAUUAGAAUCACCUUCUAAUAGUUCAUUUCAAGUAACUUUUGCUUUUCAAAGCAUACAAAAUUUCAAUAAAUCUACUUAUAACGAAGUUGAUCACAAACAUGUUUUAGAAAGAAAUCAAUAUGGAAUUGCUUUUUCAAUAGCCAAAACAGCUAUUAACAUUGCUUUAGAAAACAAUAAAGAUGCUGAAUUGAAUAUUAGUACUGAAAAUUACAACUCUAAACAAAAUCAGAAUACAAGUGAAAUAAUUUCAUUACAACAGCAUUCAAUUAAUCAAAUUAUUAGCCCUAAAGUUACUAAAAUUCAUGGCACUCUAUGUAAAAAAAGAAUUAAGACUAGUAUAGAGAUAUCAAAAGAAAAAGUAUUAAAUGAAAUUUCGAAUACUGUUCAAGAAGCUAAUUAUAGUGAAACAAGCUCAAAACAGCAACACAAGUGUUUGAUAUAUAAAAAGCCAGAUCAUUAUCAGAAGAAAUGUCCUUUA